UUUAUGUUUUAUGUGUAAGUGGAAGUGUGUAUACACUGAAGAUAAUUAUUAAGUAAUUGUUUAUAAAAAAAAUAAAUAAUGUUUAAGUAAUUACAGAUUUUUAUCGGACGCUAACAAGUGGAAUUUAUUAUUAAUUAAUAAUUGACAUCAAAACAAUUCAAUAGUACAAUUCAUUAUUAUUAUUUUUAUUAUUAUUAUUAUUAUAUGUAAUAUACUAGUGUGAUAUUUAAAACGUAUUGAAUUGUUGAAUACAAGUAUAUAUAUAAAUAUAUAAAAAGUUAUAGAUUUAUUGUAGUAACAACAAAUAUGGAUAAACGUGAGCCGAGAUUGACUGACGACGAGGAAGAAAAUGAUAAUAUUAUAAUAAAUGAAGUCGAUGGUCUACCAAACUUACAUCCUAACUAUCAACAGCUAGGGCUUGAGCUGGAGGAAAACAGAGAUCGGACGAAUAUAAGGUCUCUUGAUGAAUUGGUACAUGAUGAAGAUUUACCCACGUCGGUUAUUGUAACAAAUGUUGAUCCUCGGGUAUUUAAAUCUAAUGAACUUAAGGCUGAAAUCGAAGAAUUAUUCAAACAAUUUGGUGAGAACGCGACGUUCCAAUAUUUCAAAUCAUUUAGAAGAAUGAGGGUGAAUUAUAAAUCACCUAGUGCUGCUGCUCAUGCUAGGAUACAGCUGCAUCAAGCUAAAUUUGGUGAUACAAAUAUUAAUUGUUAUUUUGCUCAGCCAGUUACGCCAAUAGAUUUGGAGGAUCAACAUCUUCAUCCACCAGCGUUAACAAAACAGUUUUUAAUUUCACCUCCAGCAUCACCACCAGUUGGCUGGGAACCCAGACCUGAAGACGAACCGUUGGUUAAUCAUGAUUUAUUAGCAGCUAUUGCUAAUUUGUCACCAGGUGAAAGCCAUGAAUUACAUCCGGGUGGUUCUGGACAACCAGGAAUAAUAGUACACGUAUGUGAAAACGCAGCAACAAAUCCGCCGAACAGAGCUCCUAUACAACACACACGUUGUCCAGAGCAUUAAAUAAAUAUCAUUGGGUAAAAUGUCGUCCACGAUGGCUAUAAAUUGUUAAAUCCAUCCACGUGAUAUGAAUAUCAUUUUUUUAAAAAUAUCAGGCAUUGGAAUAAUUAACGCGCCACAUUUAAAUGUUAAUUAUUAAAUGCUGACAACAAAUGAAUUCCAUAUGAUAAUUUAUGCUGUCAAAUUCACAAAUAAAAUUUAAAUAAAAAAACAAAAUGGCAACUUGUGUGAGUGGACACCUCUCAGUAUUUACAUAAGAUAAAAAAAUAAACAAAUAUUUAAGAAUAAUAAAAUAAAAUGUCAAUUUAUCUAUAAUCUAUACUUAUUUUUUCUUCGUUUAAAUAUUGCAGUGUCUAAAAAGAAUCUCUCUUAUGCUCAUUAUUAUAAAACUUAUCUUAACGCUAAAGUAACAGUCAAUUUAAUGACUACUGUUCGUAAAUAGGAAUCAAACUUGCAACAAAAUAAUAAUUAAAAUAAUAUAGGCUACGGAUUUUAUUGAUAAAUAAUAAGGAGACCAAAGAUUUAAUAAUGGAGUGAAAAAUAUAAUAAUGCGAUGGUAUUUAAUAUAACGGUUUACUGAUAAAUAAAAAAAUUUUAAAAAUAAAUUAGCAGGAUACUUGAUAAGAUCUUUGAUGUUUUGUGCUAAAGGGCAUUUUCAGCCAGUGCCCCUUCUAAUUUUUCAAAAUAUGCAAUGACUUUAAACUGUAUUAAUUAAUUAAAAAAAAAAUUACAGUUGCUAUCAAUUAGAAGUUAUACGAAAUUUUUUAAAAAUGAAGAUUUUACUAAAAUUUAUUUUACAAAUUUCGUUUUAACUCCCAAUUGAUAUCAAUUGUAAUUUUUUUAAAAUCUACAUCUCAGCAAACUUGUCCUUUUUUUCAGUUAAUGCUUUUAUUUCUUUAAUUAAUUAAUUAAAAAAAAUUCAAUACGCUAAUGACAGUUCAUUUAAAAUUUUUAAAAAGUGGGCAAUGUCUAAGAAUGGCCUCAAUUGAGGGCCAAUUUUUCAACCCAGGUUGAUUUCAAAUCCAGGUUUAAAUUAUUGCUGAUAUAUCUAUUAAUGUCUAUUAAUUAAAAUCCUGUUAAAAAUAAAUCCAGUUUGAAAAACCGGCCCUAAAAUUCUGAUAAAAAAAAAUCAUAAUGUUUUUGGCUGUAAUCAGAAACCCCAAUUAAAGGAAAUUUACUGUUACGCUUUCAAUCUCUAGCUGUAUGUAAAAAUCUACUUAAAAAAAAAAUCAGUUUAAAUUAUGAUUAAAAAAAAAGUAGAAAAAAUUAUCAAGCUUAUGCUCAAGACAUCGAAUUGAAAAGGCUAAUUGUAUUUUAAAAAACAAUGAAAUUAUGCUGGUAUUGCAUAAUUUACUAUAUAUUUAUUGAGAAGAAAUGAUAAAAAUAAUUGAUCCGAGUAUACUGAAAUAUAUGAGAUUUAUGUGUAAUCAAUACAAUUGAUAUCUGUAUAUUCGCUAUAACUACUGCUAUUGAUGAUCUACUCUUAAAAUUAUCAGUGUUGACUGUAUCUUUAAUCUAAACUGAAUCUAAAUACAAAAGAUAAAAUAAUUUAAAAUUUAAAAUAUAAUAGAUAGUUUACAAUCUAUUUAUUUACUUAAAUAGGCAUUGAUGUUAAUGUGAAUUCAAACAAAACAAAUAAAAAUGUGUGAUUUGGAUGUCUGGUACAUCCUGAUAAUUUAAAUAUCUUUGAAAAAUGGAUACACUUGAAAUGUGAAAACAAAAAAAUAAUAAAUUCAUGUAAUCAUAUGUAUGCAUGUGUGAAAUGUGUAAUUACAUAUUUAUGUAAAAACAUGUGAGUUGACAUGAUUAUGUACAAACAAAAAGGCGUCAUAAAUUAUUUAUUCUUGGAACAAAGACGCUGUUUUUAUUUAAAAUAAUAAAUUAUUAAAUUUAUUGUUUUCAAGUCGUUAAGAGCUGAUCCAUUUAUCUGGAUUUAUUGUUAUCAAAAAAAUUAU